CAAAGCAAAGACUCUCUCUUUCUCACUUACACUCACACAAUCUCUCUCAUCUAUGUGUCUUUCUCUUUCCAGCUUGGUAAUAUUAGUACAAGUAGAGUAGUAGUAGCUCCUGAUGGUGUUGUUAUUGUGUUGUGACCGAUUAAAAGGUUAGAUAUUUAUGCCACAUUUUUAUGUUUAUGCUUAGUACCCAAUUGGUGAAAAAAAUUGGUUUAUAGCUAGCUAGGCAUUUGAUGCUCCUAUCAGAGACACCCCCCCUGCAAAGGGAAACUCUACUAAAAUUAGUUCUGUCUCUUUCAGUCAUCGCAUGAUUUUUGAGUUAGAAUUUGAUGCCCUUGGUCGUGCCUUGUUCUUGGAUUCCAAAUUUGAAUCCCAGAAUUUUAAUGGCAAGAGUUUCAACUUUCAACAACCCUUCAUGUCCUAUCUUUAAAAUCAGAAGAAAAUAAGAAAAGAUACUCAUUGUUCUGUUCACUCAUGUCAUGUUGGAGCUUCUUAAUUAGAAGAAGCAUGGUGUUGUGUUUUCCACAACAACAAAUAAAUUCAUCAUCUAAUCUUUGCUUAACACCAAUAUUUUGAUCGAAUGAGGGAUUUUUAGAUGUUGUUGUGUGGACAAAGGAGAAAAGGGAAUCUGCUUUACUUGUAGUUUGAUGAGUUGUUAGCUAAAUCUCACUGUCUAUGUCCCCUUUAUCCUCUAAAGACUGAAAGGUUCACUUUUCUUGUCUGAGGGGAAACAUUUUCUCCCCUUUUACUGAGCAUUCUUAAUCUUAGGGUUCCUCCAUGAUGGCAAGAUUCCAAAAACUUGACCUUGUUGUCCUAUUUUUCACAUACAAACUGGCAACUUGGUGACUGGUGCAUGCUCGCAGUUGUGGACCAAAAGGAACAGAUGAUUCAAGAUGCAUCUACUUAUGAUGCUUAUAACGAGCAUGGUAUGGCUAGAGGAUAUAAGAGAAGAAAUCUUAACAUUUGGGAAUUAUUUCUAAUUGAAAAGAUAAAGACCAAAGUUGAUGUUGUUUGGCAUAAUGGUGAACAUACUUCGGGAUUGGAUCCACACAACUUAGUCCCAAUGAAUGUCAUAAACACUCAUGAAUUUUGGCCCCAACAGUUUGUGCUGGAAAAAGGUGCUUCUGAUGAUUCUCUUAAUCCUAGCAAACAAAGAUGGGGUGUUGUUCUUUCCAUAGAUGCAAAAGAGCAUACUGUAAAGGUGCACUGGAGAACUGUUCCCACAUCUGAGACAGAUAAUUUAGCUGGAGACACAAUGAUUGAGACUAUGAGUGCCUAUGAACUUAUCGAGCACCCAGAUUACUCCUGUUGUUUUGGUGAUAUUGUGUUCAAGGUGGCCCAAAAACUUGGUUACGAAGCUGAUAAAGAUAAUGCAAAGUUAGUGACUGACUUGAAUGUGGAAGUUCCUCGGAUAAAUUGGGACCAAAUCAGUUAUCCGAAUAAGUCUGUAGAUAACAAUUACCUUUCCUGUAUUUCCAAUGUUACUGGUUUUGAAGAUGGUGACGUGGAGGUGAAAUGGGCUACUGGUUUAACAACCAAGGUUGCACGUUAUGAAAAUUUUCAAAUUGAUAAGCACGAAGGUUCAAUUGCAACCCCCUAUUCCUUAUGAAGCAAAUGUUGAGGAGUUGACUCCAGAGAUGAUUGGAAGUCAACCAUUAGACAAGA